AUAACUGAGCCCCUUCUUUGCCAUUUUUGACUCCAAAAAAUUCCCAAGAUCCCAUUUUUUCCUCCCCAUUUUCAAACUCGCGUUUCUAUCGUUGUUUUUUUCCGCUGGGAGAUUUUCGAUCGAUCCGAUUAUGCUGCAGGGAUUCGUCGACAAUGUUCUCGCUGUCACGAAAGAGUCAGUGAAGACAUUCACUUAUGAAUCAUUAAACAAUGUUGCAAGGUUAAUAAAUGGUGUGUCUGCACUACUACUAGCUGUCCUUCCAGGAAAGACCACCAUGUUAGAGGGUAUCCAAGGAUGGGAACUCAGACCCGCUUUACGGGGACCUCGACUUCCUCGUUGGAUGGAAAAUGGUGUUUCUUCCUUCAAUGAAUUCAUCCAUGAACUUUCUGUGGAUCCUGACGGCUCGUCAAGUGCAGACUAUAUUUCUCUUGAAGAAGAUGAUGAGGAUGACAUCCUUCCUGCAUCUCCUGCAUCCCAUGCUUCCCGUUUGUCUCGUGCAAGCAGUUUGAAAAGUUUUAAAAGAUAUGAUAGACGGGUACUACGCACGAUCAAGUGCUUGCUUUCCUGGAUUCUGUGGACAGUCACAGUUUUUUUGAGGAUACCAAUUGUAAUGUGUGAGUUGGUUGGAUUUAGAAGGAACAGUACUGGACCUAAUUAUUCACCAAUCUCUAACCAGUCGUCAGGUCCUCUUUCUACUCUGAAACCCCCCCACAUAAAGCACGAUAUUGUCCAGCGAACUACUGACCGGAGGCGCGGUGUGAUUGAGGAUCUUCACCUAGCAAUUGAGAUUUUCAUUGAAGCAAUUUUUGACAUGGUUCACAAGGCAGUACAUUUUCUUCUUUCACCCACAGAGAUCUGCCAUAAACUUUUCGGAUGGGUUUCUAAUCAUGGAAGUAGUGAGAAAGAAGGUUGUGAUAGUGAUACUGAUGUGGCUGUUCCAACUGCAACUCUAACUAAUGCUGAUUCUGCUCCAACUGAAAGACAGACUACAUUUAACCAUUCUUUAAAUACGGAUGCUCGAACGUGUCAAGAUGUUAUUACAGAGCUUGGGUAUCCUUAUGAGGCCAUUCGUGUGGUCACUUCUGAUGGAUAUGUGCUGCUUCUGGAGAGAAUCCCAAGGCGUGAUUCAAAAAAGGUUGCAUAUCUACAGCAUGGAAUAAUGGAUUCAUCUAUGGGUUGGGUUUCUAAUGGUGUUGUUGGGUCACCUGCAUUUGCAGCCUAUGACCAAGGUUUUGAUGUUUUCCUUGGAAAUUUACGUGGAUUAGUCUCAAGGGAGCAUAUAGACAAGAAUAUUUCGUCGCGGAAGUACUGGAGAUACUCCAUCAACGAGCAUGGCACACAGGAUAUACCUGCAGUAAUAGAGAAGAUACACGAGAUCAAAACUUCUGAACUAAAAGGAAACUGCCAACUUAAUGCAGCAGACGAAGAUUGUGACCAGCCCUACAAACUUUGUGUCGUCUGUCACAGCCUGGGAGGGGCAGUGAUGCUGAUGUACCUUAUAACCCGUAGGCUCGCAGAGAAGCCCCACAGGCUUUCAAGAUUGAUUCUAUUAUCCCCUGCAGGUUUUCACGAAGAUUCUAAUUUAGUGUUCACGUGUAUAGAGCGGCUUGUACUUCUGUUUGGUCCUUUUCUCGCACCAAUUGUGCCAGGACUCUACAUCCCGACGAGGUUCUUUAGAAUUCUCCUAAACAAAUUAGCCAGAGACUUUCAGAACUACCCAGCUUUGGGAGGCCUGGUUCAGACCCUGAUGGGCUAUCUUGUAGGUGGUGACAGUUCAAACUGGGUCGGGGUUCUUGGUAUGCCUCACUAUAACAUGUAUGAUAUGCCCGGAGUUUCAAUACACGUAGCGCUUCACCUAGCACAGAUUAAGAGCGCAAAAAAGUUCAUAAUGUAUGAUUAUGGAAGCCCGGCUGCUAAUAUGGAGGCAUAUGGGUCACCAGAGCCAUUGGACUUGGGCCAGCACUACAACCUCAUCGAUAUUCCUGUUGAUCUUGUAGCUGGGAGGAAGGACAAGGUUAUAAGGCCCUCUAUGGUGAGAAAGCACUAUAGACUCAUGAAGAGAGCCGGUGUUGAGGCUUCCUAUAACGUGUUUGAAUACGCUCAUCUUGACUUCACAUUUUCGCAUAGGGACGAGCUUUUAUCCUACGUCAUGUCCAAACUGAUGCUUGUGAAACCUCCAGAGAUUGAGAAGCUCGGUCACCGGAGCACGGUAAGACUUAGGAAAACUAAUAGAGUCUCUCGGAAAGCUGAUGAUGGUGGUGGUGGGGAUGAUAUUGUAGAGUGUGCAGAUAACAUGUGAAAUUAAACAUUCAUAGUUAGAGUAGAUGAUGCGUCUCCCACUUGUUUUUGAGGUGUUGUGUGAUGAUACCGUGUAAAUAGUUUUCGAUCAGUAAAGAUGAUUCCAUGUUUUAUUAGCGUGUGUAUGUUUGCUUGCUUACUUUGUAACUGGUAGUGAGUGGUACAGAAUGUAAUGGCAGGGAUUGUUGUUUUUUGUUGCAAUCCUUGACCAUUUUGACAUUAGACGGUGUCCCCCCCUAUAGUGACUGUACCAUUGUUUUGUAUUUGUAGCGUUAACCAGAGCUUCAUCUGAUGUACAAGUUAGUUUCAUAUUGACAAUCUUCUGAGUUUAAGUUGAA